UGUAAUCUUUUAAACACAGUAUUAUAUGUUUAUGUUAUUAUAGGGAAAUAGGCGGUGUCAGCUGUUUUAUUACAAUAAAUCAGUAUUAAAAUUGAGAAAUGAAAGUAAAUAUUAAUUAUUUGUUUCUCAGGAGGCUCUAGGCCUUCGACAUGAACAUCAUGAGGAAGUUGAGGAGCGGGGUUGUGAAUACAUCCCUGGCCUCCUCAUCUGACCUGUCGGACUCACCAUCUUCGGCACACACUCAACUGGGAUUGAUGCACUUGAAAAAACUCUUCUUGGAAUACUCCCAUCCGUCUCAUCCCUUGACAGACCAAGAAAGAGACGAUAAGUUAUAUAAUAUGCUACCAUUGUUUUGUAAGGUAUUUGGCUCGAGUCCCUCCUGUGAUAUGAAUGAGAAAUUUUGGGAUAUAUUAGCUUUUUGUCAUCAAGUAUCGACUUUAAUGGUAUCUGAGAUUCGGAAAAGAGCCUCUAAUCAAAGUACAGAAACUGCUAGUUGCGCCAUAGCAAAAUUUUUGGAAAUUGAAAAUUCAGAGGAGUCUAGCAACGGAUGGAUGUUACUUUCAACUCUGAAUCUUCUUGCUGCUGGGGAUUAUACAUUAGUACAGGUUAUGUCUGAAGUUUCAGUUCCAUCAACACUGGUGAAAUGUUUGUAUCUAUUCUUCGACCUUCCAGAGCUUUCCGAAAAAGAAGCCAAUACCAAAGAUUCUAACAGUGAUUUCACCCCUAGAGAAAGAAGAAUAUUGUUACAAAAGAUAUUUGUACAGCUUUUAGUAAGACUUUGCAGCCACAGAAUUCCUUCUGAAGAAUUGGCUCGUAAAGAUGAUUUAACAUUAUUAUUUUCUGCAAUUACUUCAUGUUGCCCGACUUACAAUGUCUUGUGGAGAAAGAGUGCAGCAGAAGUUUUGAUGACCCUCUCGAGACACGGUCUCACUCCUCUUGUAGUUGGUUAUAUUCACUCAAAGUCCUGUGUGUCCUUGUGCAUAGAAAACAUGAAGAAAAUACCUGAUUUAGCCCCUUUAGAUUUGGUCGAGAUGUUUGUAACGAUAUUUUGUUUUCUAAAGGAUUCCAGUGAAGUUUCGUCUACAUUAUUGGAUGAUUUCAGACAGGCCCAAGGUUAUCCCUUUUUGUCAGAAUUCUUGUUGAAGUUGGAAAAUGAUAAUUCUGGCGAGGCUCAGGAAUCUAUCAGAAAUUUAGUUUUAAUGGUGACUUCAUUAUGUAUGUGCGGGUACAUAGAAUUGAAACCGUCACAAGCUUCAACUGGAUCCUUGUUCCAGAUGCAAGGAUUCAUUUUACCUCAGCCUUCAGGUCGAGGAGCUAGUGUCAGAAAUAUCCAGGCUUUUCACGUGCUGCAAACUACAUUUCUCAAGUCAAAUUCUUCUCUGUUAUGCUCUACGAUAUUAGACGCAAUAUCUAGUAUUUAUCAUUCUGACAAUGCCAAUUAUUUCAUACUAGAAAACCAAAAUACUCUCAGCCAAUUCACCGAAAAAAUCCAGUUCAAGCCAGCAGAAAUUCAGAAUAAGUUAUUCAGCCUGAUAGAAUUCUUGGUGUAUCACUUGAACUUUGUUCCUUGCAAAGAAUUGAUAUCAAUGUCCAUUUUCCUGAAAAGUCACAGUUUGAAUUACGUCGACUGUAGCAUACUCUGUAUGCAGACUUUGCUGAAUGUUCUCAGACAUAAUGCCAUAUUCAAAGAUGUAUACCGAGAAGUUGGAAUGUUGGAAGUUUUCGUUACAUGUUUGUGUCGAUAUGCGACUAUGUUGGAGGACAAGAAAUUGGCUGAGAGCAGUGAAAAAGAUCAGAAGGCAAACGUUGGCCAAGAAAAACUUGGAGCGCUGAUCGUUGAAGCAUUGACCAUUUUAUUAACGAGCAAUAGUCCGAAUGCCUCAGUACUAAGAGAUUGUGGAGGAGCCAAAUGUGUCCACAAACUCGUUCAAUAUCCAGACUGUCGGUACGCCACUUUAGGUAUCAUCAAGGAGUUGAUAUUAACUACAGGAGGUGAUGAUGAUAUGACCCAACUAUUAAAUACUCUCCAUUCUAUUUCAAGGACACAACUUGAACUGAAAAUAGAUAUUUUGGAAGCCUUAAAAAUUUGUUUGAAAGAAUCCCAUAGAACCAGAACAGUAUUCAGAAAGGUCAAUGGAUUUGUGUAUGUUACUAGCGUUUUGGUGGCUCUGGAAGGAAGGCUGGGCCAGAGAGAAACCAAUCCCGAAGUUUUUCAUCUGUUGAGUUUGGUAUUCCAAACGAUAUGCACGGCCCUUCGUUUUGAACCUGCCAAUGCAAAAUUUUUUUACCACGAAAUAUGCAAAACAACCCUUUGUGACACGUUGAGGUUAUUGGGAUGUUUCACAUCAGAAAAGAAAUCCGUAAUCAGUGAACUUGAUUUUGAAAUACCUUCAAAUAACCUCCAAGAGAUAUAUAGUGAUUUAUUUUUUGGUUCUGUCACAAAUCCAGUAAUUCCUGAGGAGUUACACCCUCCAUUAGCAUAUACCACAUUGAUUUAUAGACUUUUAUAUGAUCUAGCCUUGGAUCUGUUCGAUAAAGUAAAUGUAAAUCAAAGCAUGUUUUCUGCUAAAUCGCCACCUUUGUCUAGAGAGUCGAGCCUACAGGGUGAAAAUAUUAAUGGAAAAAGGUCAAAUGUAAAUUCUCUCAACUUGAAUCCACCAACACCAGAUCCCAUCAUAGUUCAUCCUGGGGUUGUAGUAUGUAUGCUUCAACUUCUGCCUUGUAUUAAGGACGAUUAUUUCGAGAUGUACUCUGGUCUGCAACUUUUUAUAUCUGAAAUAAUAAAAUCUCUCGUUAGAAGUGAGAGAAACCAGCAAGUAAUGUGUGACAAAGGAUUCGCAGGGCAAAUCCUCACGAUAGGAUCAGAACCUCUCCAAAACGAAAAUCAUGCUCUACACGGUUCUUUACAGUACAUGUUGGAAAGAUUGGCUGCUCAAGCCAUAGAACCCAAGGAUUUGAGACAAUUCCUGAGGUUAGGGAAUCCACUUUGUUGCCUUCCCUUGGGAUCCAAGAAACCUGGAGGGCACCCAGUGCCUUUGACUAGGAUAAAGACUCUGGUCUCCAUGACGACCCCGAAAGACUUUCGAGCGCAAUCAUCGUACACUCUGCCACCAUUCGUAGAAUUCGAUAUGUCGGCAGAGGGCUUUGGAUGCUUGUAUUUGCCAAGCAUUGCACCUCAGUCACCUUCCACGCCUAGCGUGGUGUCUGCGGUGGAUAGCAGCGUCUUGGGAGGGAUUGGCGCAGGAGAUCGGAUGUUUCCUCCCCAAACAGGUCUCAGCUAUUCCUCGUGGAUUUGUGUUGACAAAUUUUCCGAUCCUAGAUCAGAUCCCCAUUGCGUGCGCCUACUUACUUUAGUGAGGAACUUCAACGGGACCCGAGAGGACCAUUUAGUCUGUUUGUCGAUUGUAUUAUCUGCUAGAGACAAAGCUAUAAUUGUUUCCACUCAAGAAACCCUAAUUCCAAAUCAUGUUGGAGAGUGGGAGCCAGACGGUUCUGGUGAGAAUGGUGCUAGAGUUUGGUGUCCCGAUAUUCUUCAAGAAGGUCAAUGGCAUCAUGUUGUUGUUGUCUUGAAUAGGGCAGUAUUGAAAAACUCAUCGUUCUCUCUGUACCUGGACGGACAACAAAUUCAUUCCCAGAAAAUGCACUACAUAUCGCAAAAUCCAGGUGGUGCCUCUGCCAACUUGAAUGUGGCAUCUUCCGUAUAUGGAUAUAUAGGUACACCACCGGCUUGGAGAAGAUACUCACGAUUGUGUUGGAAACAAGGUCCGUGCCAUCUAUUUGAAGAGGUUUUACCUCCUACUACAGUAACAAAUAUGUAUCAGCUGGGCCCACAUUACAUGGGCUCUUUCUUGGCACCCAAAUUGAAUAGCCCCGAAGUGAUUCAGUUAGUAACGGAAGAGAAAGUUGUGUUCGGCCUGAAUGCGAAAGCAGUAUCUCAGUUAACUUUGAACAAAAUCAGAAAAGUUUACAGUAGAACAGACAACAAGUCUAUUGCGAAACAGCUUGGAAUGUCCAGCCACGAGAGUGCUACUCCCAUUAGAAUAUUGCACAAUUCUGCUGGUCAUUUGGCGGGAACUGCAAGAACACUGGGAGGAGUUAUCAUUGGAUAUUUAGGUGUGCGAGUAUUUUGUCCGAGACCGGUUGCAACUACAAUCGAUACUGUAGGAGGAUGCUCUGUUCUCUUGGGACUCAUUGCAAUGGCCCAAGAUGUAGAAAGUCUGUAUGCAGGUGUAAAAGCUCUGGUCUGCGUAGUCCGUAGUAAUAAAGUUGCACAAGCUGAAAUGGACCGUAAAAGGGGUUAUCAAACUCUUGCGAUGUUACUGAGAAGAAAGAGGUCUCUAUUAAAUUCUCACAUUCUCCAUUUGGCCUUCAGUCUUGUUGGCACUGUAGACAGUGGAAGAGAGUCUUCGGCUAUACCAAAUCGAACUGCAUUUCAGGAUCUUUUAUGUGAUUUAGAAGUGUGGCAUGAGGCGCCAGGAGAGUUACUUCGUUCCCAUUUGGAACACCUUCACGAGCUAGCUACGGAAUCUAAUGAAAAACGCAACAAUGCCUGGGUCAUGAGAGAUUUGCAACUGGUAGAAAGACUACUGCACAUAUGCCCCGAUGUCAAACAUCCAUCUACAAGACAAGUGUUAUUCUCUUUACUAGGAAUUUUAUUGGGAGGUCAACCUAGACAAAACGAUCUUUUACUUUUUGGUCAAUUCAUUUCAUCCACUUUACCUUCAUGUCCCCUUGAUAAUGAAAAGAAUCGACAUUUCGGCGAAGGUGAUAUGGAAAAAGAUGAAGAAGGAGAAAGUAUAUUAUUGAGGAAUCGGUGCCUCGGUUUACUACACUCUAUGAUUUUUUCAAGUAGAAAUCAUAUUGGAGAGGAGAUUGCAAGAACAUUGGGAUUUGAUUGGAUACUGCUUUUCAUGCAGUCAAAUUUACAUUCGACAACAGUGAUUUGGGCUCUUAGGAUUCUGGUUGUGAUAUGUUCCAGCCCUUCCUUGAUGAUUCGUUUUCGAGAAGGUAGCAGCAACGGCGGAUGGCUUCGUCAUACUGAACAGGUGUCUCAUAACAAAAUGGCUGUAGUUUUGGGAUGUACGCUGAACAGUAAUCAGUUCAACGACACAAAAUUAGACACCCUACACGUGCUAGGAUUCCAGUAUCUUAAUUGGAUGUUGCCCCAUCAUUUGGAAAUUUCGGAGAUAUAUUUCUUAUUAACGGCAUUGAUGAUGGGUCAACCAGCAAAAGUAUUACCUGCCGACACAAAGUUCGACUUGGACUCUGUUUGGGCUUUUUUAUGGGGCGGUUCCAUAAACAAUCAAACGAUCAACAGCGUAAUGCCUAGAAUAAAUUUAUGCCCGGAAGCUGUCGUUGUUCUUUUAGGAAUGACUAGGGCCAUUGUACAUGCUGAUGAAGGGUCCUUGCCAGAAUGGCUUCAAAGUCACCCAAUUUCAAUUGUUCAGGUUUUAUUCCAACUGUACCACAAUAUGCCAGAAUUUAUGCCAAUUUUCAUGUCACCGGAAGUACUCGGAGCUUUGGCUGGAGUCUUAUUUCCCUUGACUAGUGGUGGCGAUAGUACCGAGAGUAGUGGUGCAUCCACACCUGCUGGUGAAGAAGCAGAGACUGUGUUGAUAGUUACUUCACCCCCUGAAGAUUUGCCUCUCACGACUCACCCUGUUCAACAGUUCAUCAUAGACUUCAUAAGGGUGAUAGUUGUGGAUUCUCUCAGCUUGCCUGUCACUGGUAAAAGUUUGCCAGUGAUAGAUUUAGUGUUGGACGCUUUUCCAGAAAACUCUCCUAACUCCCAACAGAUAUGCUACCAGACUGAGGUGCUAGUUAGUCUCAUGAACCAUCUACUCGCGGCUGAUAUGUUAGUUGGAGAUCAGGCAGCUAUUCCUAUUGUACCCUUGCCGAAUGCCCACAUCCAGUACGUGGCUCCAAACGUUUUCUAUUUGACUGCAAGAAUCGUAGAUAAGCUUUGGCAAGGGUUACUCUCCAAAGAUCCUCAUGAAGUAUUUGACUUCAUCGUCAAAUUGAUCGGGCAGGCUAAAAGGAGAAAGGGAAACUUAUCUUCGGAAAGUUUAUACCACUGCUUGAAUAGAAGUAUUUUGUUUUUACUUUCGAGGCCUACUGAUAGUAUAGCGGACCAGAUGUCGGUUUUGGAGGCACUUCACAAACUUACAACAAACAGGUUAAUUGUAUUUGGAGCUGGGAAUCACGAGUCAGACUUUAUUGGAUGUCUCACUUACUGCCUUCUCCAAUUGACAGCCGACAUAAAAAUCAUGUUGGAUUCCAACAUGCGAACUACUUGGCACGUGAACCCUAGUAGUGAUUUGGAAUCGAGGGAUGAACAGUUGAACUCGCAUCAGGGCAGAAAUCUAAUGGCAGGUGCCGCACUAAGAGUGUGGGAGGAACUGUACAUUUGCAAAAAGCCGGCCAUCGAAGAAGCAUUUAAAGUUACUCUACCUCAACCUCAUCCCAAUUGUAAAGCACCGGAUCUGGUGGUAGUGAGGGAACAAGUCCUAGAAGCCGCCUCAAAAUUGUGGUUAAAUUAUGUAGAAUGCGAGAGAAAAGCGGCUUACAGAAUUCCGUUUGAGCUGCACAAUCAAAUCCAGUCCAAAAUUCAUAAAGUUACGGGUGGACUGACAAGACUAGCUAGUAGAACCAAGGUUAGAAAAGAUGAUACUUUGAGGAUCAGAGUAAGAAUGGAAAAAAAACAUGCAUUCGCUUGGAUGACGAGUCGUGUGACGUUGUUGAAAGAUUUAGUGGAAAUGAGAAGGCAACAGCAUCAAAAUACUACCCAACAUACACAGCGUUAUGUUCACCAAGAAUGGCUACAAACGGAGAAUGAUUUGACUCGUGAAAGAGGUCUCUGGGGUUCACCAGAGCCUUGCUAUCUAGACAAGUGGAUGCUGGACAUGACCGAAGGGCCGCAUAGAAUGAGGAAAAAAACAAUGAAAAAUGAUUUGUUUUAUUUACAUUAUCCAUUUCGAUCUGAGGAGAGAGGCCUCUUAAAGUACAAGGUGGCCACAAGCUACCACAGCAAAGAAUAUUUCAAUGCAAUCCAACUCAGGAAACAUAUCGGUGUCAGUGGAAUGAUGGAAACGGAGAGAUCUGAUAGUGUAAUCGAAGAACCGUCUCCAGUCCCGUACACUCCAGCACUACCUCAACUUGCCAGAUUAAGAUCUGAUCCCGAGGAUCAGCAAGAGGAUAUUGAUUUGGAGGAAGAACCCUCUCCACAGCCCGACAAUCAGACAUUGCUGAGACUGCUUGAGGAAAAUGAAAAGAUAACAUACAUGUUCAGAUGCGCGAGAAUACAAGGGUUAGACACAACUGAAGGAUUAUUACUAUUUGGUCAAGAACAUUGCUAUGUAGUAGAUGGAUUCACCCUGUUGAAAAAUCGAGAAAUUCGUGACAUCGACAGCGUACCUCUCAACACCAAUGAGUAUGAACCCAUCUUACCGAACCCUGGUUCGCCGAGAAGUUCCCGAGCUAUGAGACAGUGUUCUCGAUUCUCAUACGAAGAUAUUAGGGAAGUGCACAAGAGAAGGUAUCUUCUUCAACCGAUGGCAUUAGAGGUAUUUUCUGGGGAUGGUAGGAAUUAUUUAUUGGCAUUUUCCCGAAAGACUCGAAAUAAAGUAUAUCAAAGGUUCAUGGCUACAGCUACAGGGAUCGCCGACAGUGCACAACAGUCUGUAGCUGGUCAAAAACGAACUGCAAAUGUCGAGCAAGCUACCGGGUUAUUGAGUAAUUUGAUUGGAGAAACGAGUGUUACACAAAGAUGGGUGAGGGGUGAAAUAUCAAAUUUCCAGUAUCUCAUGUAUCUGAAUACUUUAGCCGGACGAUCCUACAAUGACCUAAUGCAAUACCCCGUCUUCCCUUGGAUCUUGGCGGAUUAUGACUCUGAAGAAUUAGAUUUGACAGAUCCCUCAACUUUCAGAGACUUCACCAAACCAAUGGGAGCACAAAGUCCCGAUCGGUUGGAACAGUUCAAAAAACGAUUCAAGGAAUGGGAUGACCCUCAUGGUGAAACUCCUCCUUAUCACUAUGGAACCCAUUAUUCUAGCGCCAUGAUAGUUUGCUCGUACCUGGUUAGGCUGGAACCUUUUACUCAACAUUUUUUGAGACUACAGGGAGGACAUUUCGAUCUGGCCGAUCGUAUGUUCCACUCAGUGAAAGAAGCCUGGCUCUCAGCUUCAAAACACAAUAUGGCUGAUGUCAAAGAAUUGAUUCCAGAGUUUUUUUAUCUGAAUGAGUAUUUAUCCAAUUCCAACCAUUUUGAUUUGG